UGCCCGGGUGAGAGCGUAGCCGCCCCGGCCGCCCGGGGGCUGAAAGACCCGCCAUAGCGUGAAUCUGCUGCUUCCGAUUUACCCUCUGGCUGUCAUCUUUCCUCUCUCUCCCCUCUGAGUUGUUUAGGAAGUAGCUGGUAAUUGUUUUAGGAAUGUUUUCAGUGAUUCGGGGGUACCCUGCUCUGACGUCUCUGAAGCGCACCACACCUGCUUUCUGACUCCCCGGUCCAUGACUUCGGAAAUUUCACACGUCUCAAAUGGGACUCUUGUUUCGGUCUCCUGGCAUAACCUAUUCCUCCUUUAGUCAGGCCCUUUUCAGGAAGUGGCACCAUCCAUCUGACCGCUAAGUCCAAAAAUGAGACAAAUUGUAAGGGAUCUGCCCAUUACUGCACCAAACCAGAUGCCUUCUUCUACUUCACCAGACCAAGGAGAUGACCUGGAGGCCUGUAUUUUAAGAUUUGCAGAUCUGGAUUUAAAAGACAAAACUCUUAUCAAGCCUAUUAGCAGCCUCAAAGCAGAGUUAGAUGUCAUUUCAAAGAAGAAAUACACAUUUGCAAAGAAAAAGGCAUUUGCCCUUUUUGUCAAGACCAAAGAAAUUCCAGCACCUCCUUUUGAAUGUAAAGAGAAACGGUGGGAAUGCUGUCAGCAACUAUUCACAGACCAGACGGGCAUCCACAGACAUGUGGCAACACAGCAUGCUGAUGAGAUUUGCCACCAGACUGCUUCUAUUUUAAAGCAGCUGGCUGUGACACUGAACACCUCCAACAAUCUUAAGUCUGCAGAGGAAAGAGACCCUCUAAAAGAUCACCUUACUGGUUACCAUGAAGUGUCUGCCUGGCUCCCUGAUAUAAGCUGCUUUACCCCUGAUGACCUGAAAUGUGAUCAGGGCAGUGAUGAAGGAGAGGUACUACUUUAUUACUGCUACUGUGACUUGGAGGAUCCCCAUUGGAUCUGUGCCUGGCAGACAGCUCUGUGUCAGCACCUGCACCUCACAGGCAAAGUAACACCAUUCCCCAGUGCAUUUAAAGUUCGAAUUGCUACAGAGGGAAUCAACGGGACAGUUGGUGGAAGCAAAUUGGCCACCAGACUCUAUGUGGAAGUCAUGCUCUCCUGCCCAUUGUUUAAGGAUUAUCUGUGCAAGGAUGAUUUUAAGACCAGCAAAGGAGGAGCUUGCUGUUUUCCAGAAUUGCGCGUUGGUGUAUUUGAAGAAAUUGUGCCCAUGGGAAUCAGUCCCAAUCAGAUCUCCUAUAAGAAGCCUGGAAUUCAUUUAUCCCCAGGUGAAUUUCAUAAAGAAGUAGAAAAGUUUUUGUCUCAGCUAAAUCAAGAACACAGUGAUACUAUUCUACUGGAUUGCAGAAACUUCUAUGAAAGCAAAAUAGGACGAUUCCAGGGCUGCUUAGCCCCAGACAUCAGGAAAUUCAGUUACUUUCCUAACUACGUUGACAAAAAUCUAGAACUUUUCAGAGAGAAGAGGGUACUGAUGUAUUGCACUGGGGGCAUCCGUUGUGAGCGGGGUUCAGCCUACCUCAAAGCCAAGGGAGUGUGCAAGGAAGUGUUCCAGCUCAAGGGUGGCAUCCACAAGUACCUGGAAGAGUUUCCUGAUGGUUUUUACAAAGGGAAGUUGUUUGUUUUUGAUGAUCGUUAUGCCUUGUCCUUCAACAGUGAUGUACUGUCGGGAGGAGAGAGUGGGGUGAAUGUUGACCACUUACCUGAGUCAUUCUGACUCAAGAUGCCAGAGCACAGAAAACGUGAGCUGUGCGGGAUCUUGAAGCCAGUGAGGGAGAGAGCCUGAUGCCGGGUCGCACUUGUCUGUGCCAUGCAGCGGGACUGGUGGUAGACAUUUUCUUGCCAGCAAACCUGUCUGUCCUGGUGGAUAGCUGUGUGAAUAAAGUGUGAAAACUGUGGGCCUGGAAGUGGUCUCCUCUGAACCAUGCCACUUAUGUCAUCUGCCAUCUACCCCUGCCCUCAACUCUUCUCUGCCAGCUUGCAGGUACAAGACCAGGAUCUGCCAACUAUAGCAUCUGGCCUGCCUCCUGCUUUCAUAAAUAAAGUUUUAUUGCAGUAGCCACACACAUUUACAUAUGCUCUAUGGCAGGACUGAGUAAUUGCAACAGAGCCUUAUGGCCUGCAAAGACUAAGAUAGUUACUUCUUUUACAGAAAAAAUGUCACCCCUGGUCUACACCAAUAGCCCAUCUGAUGCAGUACGUGGUCUUAAGAUGUGGUCAACCUAAUUUUUUAGUGACUUGGUUUUCGUGAGAGAUGUUCCUGUAAUAACCAAUACCCACACUCUUAGCUUUGAAGUAUUCUCCUUGAGAGAUUCAAAUAGCUUGAUGACACCAAUGUGUCAGCAGUAGUUGUUGUAGAUAAGCGCCUUGGAACACAAGACAUACUCUGAAUGAGAUUACUCGGCACUGCCAUGGUGGUGUCACACCAAGCACAUGUCCAUGUUACACAGGUCCCAAGAAACAUACACAGCCAUCCAUAGACCAACAGAUUUAAUAUUCGAUUGCCAUUUCCAGUGAUGCAGAAUACAGCUGCAGUUGUGUUUCAAGGAGAAGCCAAGUGGAGAUGUCCGUCCCUGCAGCCUGGUCCACUUUCAGGCCCAUCUGCAGCCUCAGCAGAUGCUUUCCCACGGUGGUGACGCGCUGGCUCCACCUCUGCUUACCCUGUACCUUCCACGUCAUUACUGUUCAGUGUGCAAGACUUCACUUUGCAUCAUGAGCCUUUGCUCAGUGCUCUGCAGCUUAGUCCGUGCUCAACAGCUCUCUGGCCUGUCCUUUUUCAGAAGAUUUGCUGAAUCACUCAUGAAAAUAACUCCCCAAGCAACAAAAAUACUAGCUUGACUGGCACUGUGGUAUAUUAAAGGCACAAGGGCAUAGUGGCUUACCAUUAUUAAUGAAUCCCAAGAGAUGCACAUAAUGUCAAAAAAGGGAUCCGGCAGAAAUACCAAAAUUACAUUUUCAGAAUCAUCAUCUUGGGAUGGUUUGGCCAGGAUUUCCUAGUACUUUAAUGUCUGAAUUUUCUUCAUCAUUGGCCAUCAGUUCAAGGCAUGAGAUCAGCAGUGACUUUUCUAAAAAUAAGUGAGGUGUCAGGUAGCUGGAGUUUGUAAGCAUAGCCAUAAUGGAGUAGAAAUUUAUUCCUCUAGUGUAUUACCUCACAAGCCAUUGGCCCACCCUUCAAUACAGAAAGGGGUUUUCAAGUAUUUGAGCAUAGGUUUUCCCAUUGUACAGUUGGCAUUUGAUAUGGAAAAAGAUUCUGAGUCCAAUAUAAAGUUCUAAGUCCCAGAUGUUUAUAAAGAACAUUCAGGGAAAUGGUUGUUUCCCAGAAUUGGUAAAGGAUGGUGUCUGAAACUUGAAAUUUCACCACUUUCAUCACUGACUUUUUCUAUAUCCCACAUAUAUAAGGACUUUCAUUUCCUUAUAUCCCACAAAAGGACUCUUGUGUUUUUUGAUUUCUGGCAGAGCUUUGCGACUUUGUCUUUCUUGAGGGACAAAUUGUGUACUUGAUUCAUUAAUCAAUUUGGCAACUUUAAUCUUGUGAGGUUCGUUAAAUUUAAAGGCGGUUUUAUAAAGAAUGAUUAUCUGUUUGCUAAGUAGCUAAGAUCAAAUUUGUAACGAAGUGUUUUAUAAUGUUUCUAAAGAGUGUGCUGCUUAUGUGUUGCACAUUUUAAAUGCACCUGAAACCACACAGCAAGGCCACUGGAACAGCUGUGGGAUUAAGUCACUGCUACUGUAAGAUCCUCCAGUAAAAUCUGCCGGUUUGGGAACUUCUUAGUUUUUAAAUAAUAAUCAGACUGAACUUCUGUGACUAAAGAAAAACUUCACAUUAAUCAUAGUUUAUAAAAUUUUCAACUACAACCACUAGUUAAACUAAAACCUAGUGCAUAAAGAACUGAACCACAAAACGGCUUUGUGCCGGCAUUUUGCCUUCUGGUUUCCACUGCAGAGCACAGAUACUCAGUAGAACAUGUCCAGUUCAAAGGCGUGGUCGUCACUGCCACACACUAGACGCCACUCCGGCACCUGGGAAUGAUGGGCCCAGUCAAGUCUGCAAGUCUCCUCUUCCUCACUGAAAAGGAAUGGAGAGAAGACGUGAGGCCCUGUGCACCAGGAACCAGCACUGUGGCUCUGAGACCGCACUGUGAGGCUUCUCGCUAACUCCUUGGUUAGCAAAUUCUGAAGUGUAUUGUCAAUAGACAACAUUCUGAAGGAUAAUUUGUCAACAUUCACUGGUGAGGGUCUGGUGGUAUGGGUUCAUUGAUAAAUUCUAAAUUGCUGAGCAUACAGGCAUAAAACCCACUUUCUCCAACUCCACUGUUUCCCUCUUGUGUACUGAGGCCUGCAGUUGAAGAGGUCUUACUCUGGUUCAGAUGUGGGUUAAGUUCAGUGGAUCUUCUUAAUGAGUCUAGGAUCUCAAUCUGCUGGAAACAUUUCCCCAGCUCUCCCUUGGAGCUCCCUGCCUGUGCCCUGCCAAUGUAAUCAACAGUUUCCACCCUGAAGCUGACCCUGCAGUACCUGUGUCCCCCCUAUGGUUAAUCUUGACAUUUUCCCAGGGCAAAAUAAUAGAAGCUCAAACAUGUCACAUAACAAAGUAGUUAAAUGCCAGAAAGAGGGAAGCACUAGCCAGGAAUUUUCAGGCUGGAGUCAUUAGCAUAUAGGAUGACUGGGGAUUUAGGGAUGGGAAGGAAAAGGGGGUCCCUUUGUUGUAACAAGGGACAAGGCAGAGUUUUGAAGUGAAUUCCAAGAAAACUAAGCAGCAAGCUAAAUCAGCCAUAAGAGAAAGGUCAAGGAAGUCUGCACAGCCGGUAGGUGGCAGUCGAGAGGGCUGCUGGUGCGGCGAAGACAGGAAGCUAUUGCCAGAGGGGAAAAGUGUGUCUAUACUUAGAUGUCUUCCAGUUUCGAGCUGAGCCAGUAGGCGUGCAGCCACCAGAUGGAUGCAUACGAGCUGCAAGAAGAACCGAAUUAGCUUGUGCAUGACACAACAAUGUAGAGCUACCCAGGAAGAUGGGCUAGGGCUGGGAGCUGACCAGGAGGGGCCCACCCGUUCACCAGUCUGGGGUUGAGAGUGUAGCCUGUGAAUGUUUCCCUACCCACCCCUCCAACCCUGGUCAAAAGUACACUGAAUGCUUAUUGGUGGGCAAUCUCUUGGAGAAAAAAUAGUGUAUCCAGCCUGGUUCCUGGAGAUUAUCAGAAUGCCUGGCAACUUAGAGGUAAAUGUGGGGAAACAAAACCUAAAGAGCAGAAGUAACCAGAGAUUUCACAUGAACCAGACUUCUAAGCAUCUCCACAUUAGCUGUGCCAGUCUGCCCAGCAGGGCGCUCCUCAUUACACCCCCUUUAUACUGAAUAUGUCAUAGGAGCACCUCCAAGGAUUCUGAAAUGUCAGUAGUUACCACUCCCAUGUUAUAGAUGAAGGAAAUAUGGCAGAGAAGGCAUGUUACUUGGUCAACGUCCUUAAGCUGACAUCAAGACCCGUGUCUCAUCUUGAGCUCAGUCCAGUGCCUCCCUCAGGACAACCCGGCCUCAUCUAUGUUGGGCUUCCAUAACCGUAUCUCAUCUGAUGCUCACAAGGAAGAUCAGCAUCUUUUCCCUAGAGAAGUAAACAGAGCCAAGGCCCCUGGGAGGAACAGGCAAAGCCUGGACUGGAACGUGAGUCACCAGCCAUGGCUCAGAGUGGAGAAAGGGAUGGA